AUGACUUCAGACAACCAGGGUAACGCCUACGUCUUGGGUGUGGGCAUGGCGGCCUUCCUCAAGCCACGUGCCACACGAAUGUACACCGAACUGGCCUUCGAAGCGGGCAUCAAAGCCAUGCUUGACAGCCACAUCACAUACGACGAUGUCGAGGCCGGAGUUGCCUGCUACACAUCCGGGUCGACGUGUAGCGGCCAGCGAGUGUUCUAUCAGUUCGGUAUGACCGACAUCCCGAUCUACAAUACCAAUAAUGCCUGCGCGACCGGCUCAACCGGUCUCCAUCUUGCUCGCACAUUUGUCAAAUCCGGCGCCCAUGACUGUGUAAUGGUUGUCGGGUUUGAACAGAUGAAUGCCGGCCCGUUGGUCAGCAAUGUCACCGACCGACCGACGCCGCUGGACUUGAGUGUUGAUUUGAUGCAAUCGACCUGGGGAAAGAACGAUGCUCCGAGGAAUCCCCAGAUGUUUGGGAAUGCUGGGAGGGAGUAUAUUGAGAAGUACGGCGCUUCACCCGAAGACUUCGCAGAGAUCGCCCGCAUCUCACACGAACACUCUUCGCGCAACCCAUACGCCCAGUUUCGCAACGUCUACUCGUUAGAAGAAAUUCAGAAAUCGCCUAUGAUCUACUACCCGCUCACCAAGCUCCAAUGCUCGCCUACAUCCGACGGCGCCGCGGCCGCGAUCAUCGUGUCGCAAAAAUUCCUCGACGCACGGCCCGAGCUAAAGAGCCAUGCUAUCCUGAUCGCAGGGCAGUCUCUCAAAACCGACAGUCCCUCCCUAUACUCCGGCAGUGCCUUAGAUCUAGUCGGCUACGAAAUGACCCGCAGAGCCACCAAGGCCGCACUGACCGAAGCAGGCGCCACACCCAGCGACAUCAAAGUCUGUGAGCUCCACGACUGUUUCUCCGCCAACGAGCUGAUCUCGCUUGAUGCCAUGGGCUUCUCUGAAGCUGGAAAAGCCCACCAUCUCGUUCGCAACGGCGAUAUCACAUACGGCGGCAAAGGCCCGAUUGUCAAUCCGUCGGGCGGACUGAUUUCCAAGGGUCAUCCCCUCGGCGCAACGGGAGUUGCGCAGUGUGCGGAACUGACGUGGCAGCUUCGCGGAUGGGCAAAAAACGGCCGUCUGGUCCCGGAGACAGAUGUCGCUUUGCAGCAUAAUCUUGGUCUUGGUGGAGCGAUUGUGGUAACGGUUUAUAGACGUGCGGACGGCAAGAAGAAUAUAGAUGCUGUAGUUGACGACAUGGAAAUCGCGAAGGUCAGUGGCCUUGGGUAUAAUCCUGCCGUGGAGGCUAGGUAUGUCACUCGUGAGCAGGCGCAAGCAGUCAGGAGCAAGAAGGCCCCGAGCGAGUAUGCCUUGGCGGAUACCUUGGACAAAAUCACCGCAAGGCUGUGA